UAUAGAUUACUUAUAUAUACUUAUUCAAAACAUAUUUGAAGGAUGGACUAUACUUUAAUCUUAUAAUUUUUUUAUAGAAGACUACGAUUUUUAUAAUUCAUAAAUAGGCUUUUGAGGGAUAUCGUUGUGACACAUAUGAGCUGAAAUAAUAGACAAGAUUGACGAAGUUUUGCAGCAAGGACGCGGUGUUUUUAAGAAUUUCAAGGGAAACAUAAAUUUCGACGAAUCUCGUUAUUAUCAUAAUGGAGCAAGCAAGAUGGGGUACACCCAGCAAAGUGCAGAGAGUCGAUAGCCAUUUAAUAAAUAAUCUUUGGAUGCACAGGACCCCGGUGAAACAGAACGAGAUGCAGUUAAGACGAGCCUUUGAAACUCACAAUCAAAAUAACGUGCAAUCUUUACCUUUCACCGGUCUACCGACUCACAUCACUCCGCCGUCCAAGCUGAGGAGGCUCAUUACUAGAAAUCCGUUCGAGCCUGACCUGACUAAUAGACUGCAUCUACCUGUGAUCAGCCCGACUGUAUUCGCUAAGGUAUCGAGCCCUAUGCAAGAGUCACCGGGAUUUAAAUGGAACAUAGAUGAAUUAGCACGUAUAAAUCCGGCGAAGAUCGAAGAGUUCCCCGUGCAUCAAGUAUAUUCUCCAGAUCCAGAACUGGAGGUAAAGGCCCAGGCAGCUAUAGAUCGGUUCUUUAAACAAAAUCAUAUAAUUCCUAGUCCAUGGGAUGUCAGACAAAAGGAGAAUAAGCCACCCUUGGAUACUCCUAAUAGACAUCUACAGGAUUUCAAUUCUAUUAAGGACCUUUCAAAAUCAAGAAAAGAUGUAUGGAGUCAGACAAUAUUAUCUUUACCUAUUGAUCUACCGCAAAAUGUUGAAGAAGCUUUGAAACCUUUUUUCUCAUUUACUCAGGAACAAAGCACAGAUGGCGAUGAUGUAAAUUUAAGUAACAAUUCACUGAGAAGAAAAUUAUUUUUUAAUCAUGACGAGUGUACCGAUAAUGACAGUUUUAUAUCUUUAUCACCAGUUAAAACUGGUAAUUCCAUGAUGUUGUCCUGCAGUCCUCCACAAAGUGGUAUGUUUGUCCAUGGCACACCAUUAAAGAGGUUGCUACAAACUAGACAUAAUAACAAGUCAUCUGCGGUAAAAUCUAAAAGCGUAUCACCUGACAUGUCACCGAUACAUACUACUGAGAACAAUGUGUUGCAUGAAAAAAUUGCAGGCAGUUCUCGUUCAGCUAUUCGAUUAGAUUUUACAAUGGACAUGAGCAUAGACAAUGUAAUUGUGGAGAAAAGUGAAAAUUUGAUUAAUGAUACAUCCUUGGAUAAAAAUAACGUGAAACAUACUGAGGAUAAUCAUGAAAUAAUUGUACAUAAUAAUAAAACAAAUAUAUGUGACUCUAUUAAUAUGGAAGAAUUGCCAAGGUGUAUAGAUUCAGCUGACAUGAAUACUGUGUAUUUCGAUGCCGACCUAUUCAAUGAUAAAGGGCACAAUAAUGAUAUGGACUUAAAGAUUAAGACUGAAAUAGAAAGUUCCACGCAGGAAAGUCACAAACAAAGUAACGCAAUGUUUGGCACUUUUGAUCAGCAAAGUAUUUCAAAUUCAGUUCAAGACACUGGUUAUCAAACUUACAGUAUGAAUAGUACAAUGCAUACAGUGGACAGUUACAGCAAUAUAUCGAUGAAUUACAAAACUCGUUGGAAUGAACGACAAGUAACAUCUAAGGACAACAAUACUCAACUAUCUUGGAGAGAAAACCUAGGAAAUGUAUUCAGUUCCACACCAUCCAAAUGUAAUAAGAACUGAAUAAAUCGAUAAUUGUGAAUAACAUUCGGAUUUAUGGAACGAAAAUUAAAUAGAACACAAUAUUUAGCUUACAAUUGAUUAGAGCAAAUACAUAUGACUUUUUUAAUCACUAAUCUUAUAUUUGUUUCUUGUAUUAGCCCAUUAAAUUAAAUACUUUUUUAAAGAUCGAAAUUUGCUCAAUAUUCUUUGCAUGUUAGCUUGAUAUCUUACAAAUGAAUAGCCAAAUAAGACGAUUAUCAUGUUUUAAAUUUUGAACUAUUUUUUUUACAUCAACAUAUUGUAUAUAAAUUCUUUUUUAAAAUAUAUUUUUACAUUGAUAUAUA